AGUUGAUGUGGACGGGAGUCGCCCAUUUUGUUCUUCUCACGCGCUCCACCGGCGCAAACCUCAUUGCCAAGCAGGCUGAGGAGCAGCAGAAGGCAAAGCGGUUGGUUGAACGCGGCGUGCUGAGCUCAACACACCUCCUCUCGCUCAUGUACGCGGGCGAGAUGUGCGUAUGGCUUCUGGGGCACACGCGCGCGCGCACGCCUGGCCGUGGUGAUGCUGAUGCGGGCAGUGCAAGAGAAGACACCGCUACAUGCAGCGAUGGCAGUGUUGAUGAUAUUGAAGAUGGCGAUGGCAGCGCACGGAUUGCCGUUCGUGGGCGAAUGCCUCGCGUUCUGCAGCUGUACACACACACAAGGCAUGAUGAUGGUGAUGAUAGGGAUGGCGCGGAUGAUUUGCAUGCGCAGCAAUCGCAACAGCAACAGCAACAGCGGCGGUGUUUUGCAUGCAAGCAAGAACAGGCGCGCUUGCAAACGUGCGCGCGGUGCCAUUGCGUGUGGUACUGUGGGCGUGAGUGCCAGGUUGCUGAUUGGAAGCGUCACAAGGUGUCAUGCAGACUGUGCACGGAGCUGGAAGGACUGCGCACACGUGACGGCGUGAGGCAAUGUGCCCAAAACUGCCUGUCCUUGUACGUGCACGUCAUUGAGACGCAUCGCGAGCUUUCGGACUGGAAAACAGAACGCGCCAAGCAGCUGCUUGUCUCGCUGGGCGGUGGCCAUGGCGUUGCCACUGUGGCCUCGUCAUGAGAGUGAUUGUAUGCAAGCGCGCGCGAGCGUAUAUGUGGACGUGUGUGUGUGUGUGCGUAUAUGUGUGUUCGUGUGUGCGUGCGUUUGUGUGUGGACGUGUGUGUGCAAGCGCGCGCGAGCGUAUAUGUGUGUGUGUGUGUGUGCGUGUUCGUGUGUGUGGCAUUCACACUGUAGCUGUGUGAUUCCAUCAGCGUGUUGAUGUGGGUGGUUGUAUUUCAAACGCGGCGGCCUCAAAGGCAAAAAAGCACAGCCAAUCAAAGACAACAACAACACGACGAC